UAAAGUAACACUACAAAUUGUGCUUCUUUAUUGCUAGUUGCUACAUGUCUAACGCUUCGCCACUCAGCCUGUUUUGGGGUUGAGCUUUGCUUUUUUUUCUUUUGAAUGCGCCAUCUAUUUGUUUAACAGCAAACUCAAACACACACACACAUACACACACACACAAUCAUCUUUUUGACUUCUUCACUCUCUUGAUGUCUCUGCUUCUUCCAAGCACUUCAGCUCAAUGGGUUGCUAACAGAUCAAGUAAAGUCCAAAGUUUGUACAGAGUGGUAGACUUGGAUCACACAAUAUCUGAAUGGCCUGUUUUGAGGAAGGCAUUUUUUCAGUGUACAGAGUUCGAUAAUAGACAGAAUAGUCAUAGUUAUAGGUAUUUAAGGGUUCGGAAGCAUAAUCUAUUUUCUUAUAAACCAAAAAGGGCUCGGAACAUGAUUCAAUUCGCAUCUUCUGAUGAUGGUGUGACCGUUAAUGGGGGCCCUGAAGCUAGCACGAGUACGGAUGUUGAGGCAAUGAGAAUUAGUCUAGAUCAAGCCCUAAAAAAUGAGGACUACAAUGAUGGGCUUGUCCAAUCUCUAUAUGAUGCAGCUAGAUUUUUUGAGCUAUCAAUUAAGGAGCAAAGUUCGUUGUCAAAAAUAUCAUGGUUUUCAGCAGCAUGGCUUGGUGUUGACAAAAAUGCAUGGGCAAAGACACUAUCAUAUCAGGCUUCCGUAUAUGCUUUGCUGCAAGCUGCUAAUGAGAUCUCAUCACGUGGGGAUGGAAGAGACAGGGAAAUAAGUGAUGCUGUUCAGAGAAGCUUGUUACGGCUUUCCGCUCCUUUGGAGAGUAUAAUCAGGGAGAAGUUAUCUGGCAAGCAGUCUGUACUUUUUGAUUUGUUUUGGUCUCAGAAAAUUCCAGUUGUGGUAGCAACGUUUGUCAAUCAUUUUGAGAGGGAUCCACGUUUUCGGGCUGCCACCCUGUCUGGCAACAGAACAGCACUGGGUUCAGGUAGUGCCAGUGAUAUAUCACUCGUUGUGCUGGCUUUGGUAUGUACAUCUGUGAUAAUAAAGCUUGGACCAGCCAAGAUUUCUUGUUCACAGUUCAACUCUAUGAUCCCUGAUGUAACUGGCGGUUUGAUGGAUGUGCUAGUUGGUAGUAUUUCUAUACAUGAAGCUUACCACGCAGUAAAGGAAAUUGGUCUACACCGAGAAUUCUUGGUGUAUUUUGGACCUCGAGCUGCAUCUUGCGGAGUAUCAGAUGAUUGCAUAACAGAUGAAAUGGUGUUUUGGGUGGACAUUGUGCAGAAGCAGCUACAAAGAGCUAUAAGUAGAGAAAAACUGUGGUCUAGACUCACUACAUCUGAAAGCAUCGAGGUUUUGGAGAGGGACCUAGCAGUAUUUGGAAUUUUUGUUGCUCUGGGCAGAAGUACAAAAUCUUUCCUAGCUGCCAAUGGAUUUGAUAAAAUUCCAGAGCCUAUUGAGGGCUUCAUCAGAUACCUUGUUGGGGGAUGUGUAUUGUAUUAUCCACAGCUCUCUUCGAUAAGUUCUUAUGAAUUGUAUGUGGAGGUUGUCUGUGAAGAGUUGGAUUGGCUUUCUUUCUAUCCAGGCUACAGUAACACAAUUAAAGGCCCCCCUGAACAUAAAAAAAAAUCUGAAUCUCCGCCAAAUUUAGAAGCUGUAUCACAAGCACUAGAUGUUUGCUCGCGUUGGAUCCGUAUCUUUAUUAAACACAGUAAGUGGGUGGAGAAUCCUUCAAAUGUGAAAGCAGCAUGGUUUCUUUCAAAAGGACUUCACAAGCUCGGGAUUUGCAUGGAGGAACUGGGAUUUCUAAAGGAUGAAUCUGUUUGGAGCAAGGCUAAGAAAUCUGCUGAGAGAGCUCAAGCUACUUCAACAAGCUUCAGUUCUAGGGAGGAUCCAGAUUCUUUUGACAAGGCACUAGAAUGUGUUGAAGAAGCAUUGGUGAAAUUAGAAAAAUUGAUCCAGGAGAUGCAUGUAUCCAGCUCUGGUACUGGGAAAGAGCAUCUAAAAGCUGCUUGCUCUGAUCUUGAAAAAAUAAGGAAACUUAAGAAAGAAGCGGAAUUUCUCGAGGCAUCUUUUAGAGCUAAGGCAGCUUCUCUCCAGGAGGAAAAUGAUGACAUCGAGUCGAUUUCCACUGGUGAGGGAAGCAGAUUUAUAAAAGGCAAAGAUGGUGCUCUUGUGCAGGACAAGAACAGUAAUCCUCGUGGUUUAUGGACCUUCCUGUUUCGCCCCUCAAUGAAGCAGCCUGAAUCUUCCAAGACUGCUGAUAUGACUGGCACUACAUCCUUUGGGUUAUCUGGCCUGUCAAGUGCAGAUACUGAAAAGUCAGGAUCUAAUGAAAUUCAUCGUUUUGAACUCUUGAGGAGUGAGCUUGUGGAGCUAGAAAAACGAGUUCAAAAGAGCACUACAGAGUCAGACAAUGAAGAGGAAAUUGAGUACGCGGAUGCAGUUAGAGGUACUGAACUUGUACCAGUGCAGAAGAAUGAGAGCUUAAUUGGAAAAUCGUUUGAAAAGCUGAAAGAGACAAGCACGGAUGUAUGGCAAGGCACUCAACUUCUAGCUAUUGAUGUUGCUGCUGCAUUGGGUCUCCUCAGAAGAGCAGUGAUAGGAGAUGAACUAACCGAAAAGGAAAAGAAGUAUCUUCGGAGAACCCUUACAGACAUGGCAUCAGUGGUUCCUAUUGGAGUUCUCAUGCUUCUUCCUGUGACUGCAGUCGGACAUGCAGCAAUGCUGGCAGCCAUCCAAAGAUACGUGCCAUCCUUGAUACCGUCCCCAUAUGGGUCAGAACGGCUGGAUCUAUUGAGGCAGCUCGAGAAAGUUAAACAGACCGAUACCAAGGAUUCAAACCUGGAGGAAAAUGCCUCCGAGGAAUUAACCUGAAGCUAAACCAAAUCAACACGAGCUUUCUGACUAUUGAUAUCAACCUUAGUUCCUCUUGGUUCUGAAAUCUUGUGCCAGGAGCUGAGAGUAAAGAAGUUGGUUCCAUGUGUCCGGAACUCCUGGAAGACACCAGUGACUGCAGUCUUCUACAAUCGGUUGUUGAGCAAGUCGUUCACGGUGGAUCGAAGGGUGGCCAUCCAUUCUAAAUUCAGACAAAUAUGUAAUAUUCAAAAACUCGACCUUCAUUCUAUCGGCUUCCAUAUCUUUGACCACAUCUAGAAUAUAUUGGUUGAACUGCGGGUCUGCCUGCAGCUUAUCUUUGCUUGUCUCAGGUCCCUGGCUAUCCCUACAAGUACCUCCUGCAUCCCAUGUUCCAUUUCUGCAAUCACAUACAUUCUUGUAAAUUCUAUUAAAAGAUAUCCUCACCUCUUUGUUUCAACCAUGAUAGCAUUGUCAAUAAUAAAGAUAAUAAUGCAAGAGUAUUUAGUCAUUGCCUGUAAUGAACUGGAGCAUAGCUUCGAAAGAUAAUGUGGCUUCUUUGUGGAUUUAAGUUCUGUUCUGCCCAUGA